AGCGAAGGUCCUGUGCGGAGGUGCUCUUCAGCAGCAGUUCUCACUACAGCGCCAGGACAGUCCGGUUUGUCUGCAGAGAUCUCUCUUAUCUCACUUGCCUGCGGGAAAUCGGGCUGAAGCGACUGAGUCCGCGAUGGAGAGAGAAAAGGUACACUUCCGUAAACUCUUUAUUGGUGGCUUAAGUUUUAAAACCACAGAAGAAACUUUAAGAAACUACUACAAGCAAUGGGGGAAAGUUACAGAUUGUGUGAUUGUGAGGGAUCCUGCAAGCAAAAGAUCAAGAGGAUUUGGUUUUGUAACUUUCUCAUCCAAGGCUGAGGUUGAUGCUGCCAUCGCUGCAAGACCGCAUUCAAUUGAUGGGAGAGUGGUCGAGCCAAAACCAGCUAUAGCAAGAGAGGAAUCUGGAAAACCAGGGGCCCGUGUGACUGUGAGGAAGCUGUUUGUUGGCGGAAUCAAAGAAGAUACCGAGGAACGCCACCUCAGAGAUUACUUUAAAGAAUAUGGAAAAAUUGACACCAUUGAGAUAAUUACCGAUAGGCAGUCUGGAAAGAAAAGAGGCUUUGGUUUUGUUACGUUUGAUGACCCUGAUCCUGUGGACAAAAUUGUAUUGCAAAAAUAUCACACCAUCAAUGGUCAUAAUGCAGAAGUACGAAAGGCUUUGUCCAGACAAGAAAUGCAAAAAGUCCAAAGUUCCAGGAGUGGAAGAGGAGGCAACUUUAGAGGAAGAUCUGACAGAUAUGGAAGUGGACGUGGAUUUGGGGAUGGCUCUAAUGGAUCUGGAGGAGGACCUGGACGUGGCAAUUUUGGAGGUAGCCUUGGUAAUGGAGGAGGAAGAGGAGGCCAUGGUGGUAGAAGAUCUGGCUAUGGAAACCGGGGUGAGGGCUAUGGAGGUGGUUAUGACAACUCUGGAGGAGGAAAUUGUGGAAGUGGAAGUCAUAAUGAUUUUGGAAAUUGUAACCGGGCUGGGGAUCGACCCGCGUCCUCCGCAGGCGUGAGCAGCCAAGCGCAGCCGAGCGCCUACCCGCACAGCCAUGGCAACCCGCCGUGCUCAGCGGCGCCUUCUCCGGGGACUGCUUUACCUUCUCCCUCUGCGCUCGGUGGACAAUUAUAG